AUGAUAUAUGUUUUUCGCCUCAGAUGAAAACAAUACAAACAAAUCCUGACCGUGGGAUUUCUGUUAAUAAGUACACGUGUCGUCACACCCUUACUUUCUCUCUCUACUCAACAGUUUCUCUCUCUUGUUUUUUUAAUUAUUAUUGUUUGGCCCCUUUCUUCAUAUAUAAUUUGCUUCCAUGCAUGGAAUUCUCCUCCCCUCCCCUUACUGCACACAACAAACAAACAGAAAGGAAGGAAGAAGAAAAAAAAUAUGUGUAGAUGUAGAGAGAGAAAGAGACGGGUUUGUGCGUGUGCGCGAUGAGUGAGAGAGAGAUUAUAGGCAAGAAGAAACAGUCUUUCUUCUUUCCUUUUUUUUUUUUUUAAUGUUUAAUUUAAAAUUUCUCAAAUCUGCUGUGGCUAGUUCAAGGCCAACAUUAGCGACCCAUCUGUUCUUAAAGUUUGAUUCUUUCCCCAAUUAAACUUUAUCACAAUCUCCAUACAUAAAUAUUACCAGCUUAAUUUUUUUUUUUUUUUUUUUUCUCUCCCAAUUUCUCUUUCCCAGAGAGAGAUAGAGAGAGAGAGAGAGAGAUUUACAUGGAUUUGGGAAUUCAAUAGCCCUUGUUCCCUUUUGCUUCGGGUCUGAUCUUUCACUUCACCGAUUAGAAAGAAAAAAAACUGUCACAUCUGACUCAGUGAGUUGGUUCGACGAUCCUGUUUCUUACCGCAAAGAGUUUCAAUUUUGAAGUGAGAUAUGAUGGAAUCGAGGUUUGUUUGCAAGUUCUGCAACAAAAAGUACCCGUGUGGGAAGUCACUAGGUGGGCACAUGAGGUCUCAUGUGGUUGCAAUUUCAGCUGAAUCUGAUGACAAAUUCGAGGUUACGAUGAAAGAAUCGAAGAACGGCGAAUCGGGGAAUGGGGGGGUGUCGUCGUCGUCUGCGUACGGACUGAGGGAGAAUCCCAAGAAAACAUGGAGGGCAGUCGAUUCGAGGGCUCCUCUGCCUCAGGAUAAAGUUUGCAAGCAAUGCGGUAAAGGGUUUCAAUCGAUGAAAGCUCUUUGCGGCCACAUGGCUUGUCAUUCGGAUAAGGAGAGGGGGGUUUUUAAGGAUGAUAAUUGUUCUUGGACUAGUGAGAGUCGGAAAAUUGUGGUCGAUGGGCAUUCGGAUACCGAAGAAGCAGAGGAAGUUCGGACGACUAGAUCGUCUUUGUCGAAGAGUUCUGCAAGGUACAAGAAACUUGUGGAUAAUUCUUCGUUUAAUUUGGGGAAUAAUAAUGGUUCUUCGUCUGUGACUGAGAUUGAUGGGGUGGAUCAAGAGGAGGUGGCUAUGUGUUUGAUGAUGUUGUCGAAGGAUUCCGGUUGUAACAAGGGUGGUGGUGGUGGUGGUGUGAACUCGGUGGUGGAAUCUUCGGAUAACAAUUCGGUAGUUCUCGAGACUAAGUCUUCCUCGAUUGAAAUGAUAAUAGGUAGGAAGGAGAGUGUAAGUUACGGUCACAACCAGAACGAGGCUUCUCAAAUCAAGAAGUUGAAUGCUACUUCUUUCGGUGAAGAAAUUGAAAAAACGGAGAAUUCGGAUUCCGGGUAUUUCUUGGAUGAAUGUGCAAAGGCCGAAUCGGAUGUAUCUGUUGAUGGGUUCCGAAGGUACGGUGGUUUUGGUGAGUUCAAGAAGAGCUCGAAACUAAUCAAGAAUGAGUAUGCUGAUGGUGACGAUUAUGACGAUGAUAAUGGUGUUAUGGCUUCGAAUUUAGUAGCUAGAACUGAUCAAUCGAGAAAGAGAAAGUACGGUUCGGAAAAUCCCGAACCAAGAAACGGUUCUCCCAAGAAAAGCAAAUACGAAUGCUUCAACUGCAAAAAGGUGUUCAAGUCAUAUCAAGCUCUCGGAGGGCACAGGCCGUGCCACAAAAGAGUCAACGAAUUUCAAGAAUCGAGAUACGAAAGUGUCCGCAACAGCCAAGAAGAUUCUACCAAUUACAAAAAACUCGUCGAGCCCUCAAGCAGCAAGAAACCGAGUGCUAAGAAGCUAGCAACAUCCCACAAUGCCGAGAAGAAGAACAAGGCGAAGAAGAGUAAAGGGCAUGUUUGUCCUUUCUGCGACAGGGUUUUCAAGAAUGGGCAGGCAUUAGGUGGUCACAAGAGGUCACAUUUCAUCGGGGGUCACGACGAAAACUACAUUAACCGAAGCCCCGUCGAGAAGAAGACCGAGCAGCAAUCUGAUUUACUCGAUCUUAAUCUUCCUGCACCCGAAGCUGACGAGGAUUACGAGCGUGGACAGUUCUUUUCUUGGUAGAUUUUUUUUUUUUUUUUUCGUGUUCCGAAAAUAUGCUUCGAUUUUUGCAUCUCCAAAGAUUAUGUUUUUUGUUCAUUUGAAGCAUUUUAGCAUGGUAAAAACUUUUAAUAUUUUUUUUAAUUCAUUUUAUUCUCUUAUUGAAUAUUGCAUCAAUUUUUAUAAUUUUGUUUUGGCAGUUUCCAUACAACACAAAAGUAUGCAUCUCAAAUCUUAAUUUGAGAGCUCUUUGUCCUAAUCAAGACAGCAUCCAUUGGUUAACUCA